AAUUUCUAACAAAUAAAAUUACCACUAAUAAAAUAGAUAACUGUUCAAGUACACCGGAACUGUAAUUGCAUAUAAUUUUUUGUCAAACUUAGUAAAAACUCUUUUUUUAUUUAGAAAAUGGCUAAUCGAAGACCUCAAACUGGUGGACGUCGUAUGGAAUUCAAUCGCAACGAUCGGAACAAGAACUUCACCCGUGGGGGCGUGUCGCCGUGGCAAGGUGGUGGCCCCGGUGGCGGCUUGCCAAACCUCUUACCCCUCGCUGGGGGCUCCACCGAGGCUACCUUAGCGUUAGCCAGUAACAUCAUCAACCUUUUGCAACCACGCCAAAAUCCUGUCCCUUCCCUACUCGACAUGCCCAUAAGGAGAGACUUUGGUCCUAGUAUGGGUCGCUUUGAUCGUCCCUAUGGACCCAAUAGGAUGGGCAAUCAGGGUAAUUUCCGGCGUACGGGAAAUUACAAUCGUGCUGGUGAGCGUAUCAACACCAAUCGUAAGCCAUUCAGGCCCAAUGAUGGGCAAAGGCAACAAAACAAGAGCUCCCCGAAAAAGGAUGCCGAUUCUAAGGCUAAGCCUGUCAAAGAGAGUGAACAAGAGGAGAAGAAUGGUGAGCAAGAGACAUCUGAGCAGACUGAGACCAGAGAAGAGGAGAAAGAGAAGAAGGAAGCUCCUAAGACACGUUAUGAUGACAUCAAUCCACAGCUGUUGAAAUGCCACAUUUGCAAUAAGAGCAUGUGGGACGGACGGUCAUUUGAAAACCAUUUGAGUGGUCGUGCACAUGCUAUAAUGAUGCAGAAGACUGCUGAGAGUUAUGCUCUCACUGCUGACACCAUGCGUCAAGAAUUUAAGAUCCGUGAGAUGAAACGCACUCGCAAAACUGGGCAGCAACCGGCGCGCGACUUCUAUUGCGCUAUGUGCGACAUGUAUGCAGCCGAUGGAGCUGUUCACCGCACUAAUGUUGGUCAUCGUAAGCUCAAGAAAUACCUGCAUCCAACAUGCACCUCCUGUCAUAUGGAAAUGCCUAAUAGAAUCGAGUUGGACGAGCAUAGGCUCACCCCGGAACAUCUGAGGAACUUGCAGGAUAAGCAAGGCACUGUCUCCAAGCCUAAACCGGAAGUGAUGGUGAUAUCGACUCUAUCCAUGGAGCAAUCGUACUUACGCGAUGAUCGUCACCGCUGGCGCCAUGGUGAUCACCAUGACGACAAGAAGGGUGACAGGAACAAGGAUGGGGAAAAUCAACAGAAGAAUGAGAGUGAAGGGCAGAAGGAGCAACAAGAUGGCGAGGAGCCUAAAGAAGGCGAAGUGGUAGUAAAGCAAGAGGAGGGUUUGGACUCUGAGAAGACUAUACUUGAUUACAAGGAGGGCGAUGACCUCACCAACGUCACGCGUGAUAUGUAUCCAGCUUACAGUACGGAGCGCGGCGUGGGCGCGUCCUUCUUGUCCGAGUUCAAGUGCGUGCAGUGCGGGCUGUGCCGCAAGCUGCUCGACUCGGACGAGACCGCCGCCGUGCACCUGCGCACCUGGCGCCACCACCAGCUGUUCCUGCGCCUGCUGGCGGACCGCUGCAGGCCCAGCCAGCAGGUACGCCACGCGUAUGCCACACCAUAGACACCAAAUCUGCAUUAUGCGAGCGAUUCUUUUGCUCGAAGACGCAAGACAUCUGACAGUGACAACGAACAUGACGACCACGACGACCACAAUGGACACGAAGAUGUUACUAUGAAAGGUGACGAGCAGGACGCGGAGGCAGACGUGGAGAUGCCGCCCUCCGAUGAACUCGAGGACUGGGAGCAGACCAUCGACGAGAUAGUUGAAGAUGAACAGAAUAACGGUUAGUAGUAUAGUGUUUCCAUCUGUAUAUAAACCGAUACUAACUCACUGAUUUUUGCUAAUAUUGUCUCUUAACUUUAACCAAAUAAAUAUAAAAAUGCUGAUAAAUCUCACUUUAAACAUGAAAUUAAAAAUAUUUAUAUGUAUAAACGUUCUAUUGAGUCAAGAUUUUUUUUUUGUGCAAAUCAAAAUCAUUUAUUCAGUUUAGGCUGUUACAGAGCAUUUGUGAAAGUCGAAACUUUCAGGAGACCUUGAACCGAGAAGUUUUAUUCCAUACAGAGUCGUCAAGAUUGAAAAAUGACUUCAUUAAAAUAUGAUGUCAUUUUCCAUAACAAUAUUAUAAAUAUAGAAGUAUAUAUUUAAGUUUGCGAUUGUAUAUUUACGUAUGAUAUUGUCGGUCAGCGAACGAGUCUGUCGCCGAGGAAAAGUCUGAACCGGCCCCAGAGCCGGAGCCGGAGCCGGAGCCGGAGCCGGAGCCCGAGCCGAAACCGGAACCGGAGCCGGAGCAGAAGCCGGUGGGCACGCCGCGCACGCGCGCCGCCAACUCGCCGCGCGCACGCGGACGGGGACGUGCGCGCGCUCGCGGCCGGUACUGAACUUGCACUCGCCCUAUUCACAACACUAGCACGGUCGCCGGACAGAUAGAAUGGGGAUGAUGACUGAUUUUUAUUUGUUUUUCCGUCAGGUAGAUUAAAGAAAAUUAAGCACAUAAUUACUUAAUUAUGGCGAUAGAGUUGAAAUGUAGCAUGACAUCACUCUUUUGUAUUAUCUAUAAAACUGUGACGUAGUGCGAAUUCCUGAACUUUGAUGCUUAUUAUCUAACCCAUUUCUUGUUUAAAUUG